UGACACAAACAGCGGCCUGUACGUCACCGUGACCCACUCGGUGACAGCAGAGGUUACAUCACAUCACAGAGAUCACCGUCAAUUCCCGUCGGACAGCGGACUCUGCAACACCUCAUUAAGAUCACAACCCGAUCCUAAAUUCAUCAACCCAGAGAAAAACCCGCGUCUGAAGAAAUUUUCACAACGAUCUGCUUUAAAUAUGUCCUGCUCAUGCAGAACUGCAGUGAGGGUGAUUAUAAAGUCAGUUCCUAAAGGUGUGUGUCGCUCUCGUGUUCACGUCUUCAACCGCUUUCGCUUGGCGUGUGAUGAGCUUCAUCUUCCUCCAGUCCUGAAUGUCAGAUGUUUUUCUCAGAGCGUCGCCUGUUUCUCCUCUAAAGAGAGUCCACCGAGAGACGGAGACGGCGGGAAGAAGGCUGUAGGGGAAUCUGGGAAACGUGCGUCCGGUGCUGGAGGCUCUGGUAAGGGUGGCAGUCAGCUCCGGUGUCCCAAAUGUGGAGAUCCCUGCACACACGUCGAGACCUUUGUGUCCUCCACACGGUUUGUCAAAUGUGAGAAGUGCCAUCAUUUCUUCGUGGUUCUGUCCGAAACCGACUCCAAAAAGAGCCUGAAUAAGGAGACGGAGAGUUCAGAACAUGUUAAAUUUGCUUUAGCUCAGAAACCUCCUCCACCGCCCAAAAAGAUUUAUGCCUACCUCGACAAAUUUGUUGUUGGCCAAUCAUACGCCAAGAAAGUGCUGUCAGUGGCCGUCUAUAAUCAUUAUAAGCGGAUCUACAAUAACCUCCCCGCAGCCGGUCGACAGCAGGCUGAAUCCGAGAAGCAGAGCUCGCUUUCUCCCAGAGAGUUGGAGAUCAGAAGACGGGAAGAUGAAUACAGGUUUACAAAGCUGCUUCAGAUCGCUGGCAUCAGUCCCCAUGGCAACGCUUUGGGCGCUUCCGUUCAGCAGCAAACCAAUCAGCAGGCUCAGCAGGACAAAAGGGGCGGGGAUGUGCUUGACUCCACCCACACCGAUAUUAAACUGGAGAAGAGCAACAUUGUGUUGCUGGGACCCACUGGAUCAGGUAAAACUCUCCUGGCUCAGACACUGGCGAAAUGUUUAGACGUUCCCUUCGCCAUCUGCGACUGCACCACCCUGACCCAGGCUGGAUAUGUGGGCGAAGACAUCGAGUCUGUUAUCGCCAAACUCCUGCAGGACGCAAACUACUCCGUGGAGAAAGCCCAGCAAGGCAUAGUGUUUCUGGAUGAGGUGGAUAAGAUUGGCAGUGUGCCUGGAAUUCAUCAGCUGAGAGAUGUCGGGGGGGAAGGAGUUCAGCAGGGUUUGCUGAAAUUACUGGAGGGAACCAUUGUUAAUGUUCCAGAGAAGAACAGCAGGAAGCUGAGAGGAGAGACGGUGCAGGUGGACACGACCAACAUUCUGUUUGUGGCAUCUGGUGCUUUCAAUGGGCUGGACAGAAUCAUCAGCAGAAGGAAGAAUGAAAAGUAUCUUGGUUUUGGGACGCCCUCCAACCUUGGCAAAGGGCGCAGAGCCGCAGCAGCUGCAGAUCUAGCCAACACUUCAGGGACCGAAAUGGACGCAGUGGCAGAGAUUGAGGAAAAGGACAGACUACUCCGGAUUGUCGAAGCACGGGACCUCAUCGAGUUCGGCAUGAUCCCGGAGUUUGUGGGCCGUCUCCCGGUGGUCGUCCCUCUGCACAGUCUGGAUGAGGAAAUGCUGGUGCAGAUUCUUACAGAGCCUCGUAAUGCAGUCGUCCCUCAAUAUCAGGCCCUCUUCAGUAUGGAUAAAUGUGAGCUGAAUGUAACCUCGGAUGCAUUAAGGGCAAUCGCACGUUUGGCCCUGGAACGAAAGACAGGAGCCAGAGGUCUCCGCUCAAUCAUGGAGAAGCUCUUGCUAGAGCCGAUGUUUGAGGUGCCUCAGUCUGACAUCAUUGCUGUGGAACUCAACAAGGACGUUGUCCAGGGCAAGUGUGAACCACGCUACAUAAGAACUCAUCCCAAAGAAGCCGAGGAGGAGUUUGAAGAAGACAACUGGCCGAGACAUGCUGAUGCCGCCAAUAACUGAACGCUCAAGACAGCAAAAUGCCAUCAAUAUGGAGUCCUUCCAGCCGGACCUAAACAGACAGCAGUGUUUGUAGAUUGUUUUUAAACGACAGCUCAAUGAACGACUGUUUUAGCAUUCAAUAACCUAAAGCAGGGAGAAAUUAAAGUGUUAUUAAGACAAAAAACAGAUACACUAACAUAUAGUGGAGCCUAUUCUCAAUCUCUGAUGAUUGAUAAUAUUUCUAUCUGUCUAAAGAUAAUACAAAUAUACUUAUGAAGACGCUAGCUGGUGAUUAUUAUUAUUAUUAUUAUUGCUGCUUUUUGGUUGGUGUGUGAAACGUGUAAGGGAAGCGUACAAGAUUAUGUGAACCAUCAACCUGUUGAAUUUGAGUAUUUGUGGUGCAUAAUACACCUACAGUACGACAUGCGUCCUCUUUUUCAGCAGGACAAUUUCUAGCACACUAAUAUCACACACACACGUGUGGUAUUUCCUCUGUUUUAACCGAGACAUUCAGUUCUACAGCGCAGGCCUCUGCGUGUGGUGUUACGCACAUCUAGUGUAUAGGUUUUACUGUUUUGGAGACCACUGUUAACUUAAGAACUGAACAAAAACAAUGUGAUAAUAAACUAAACAAAGUUGCACACAUUC